GUGGGCGGUGCUUCCGCCGCCGGCCCCGCCCCGCCGCCAGUGACGCCUUUUCGCGCAGCCGGCGGCGCGGCCCGUGUCAGCCAUGGCGGACCCGGGCGGGAGCCGCCCGGUCACCGUCAGCGACGUGCAGCAGCUGGUGAAGCGCAAGGACGAGAUCGAGGCGCAGAUCAAGGCCUACUACGAGCUGCUGGGGCAAAAGGGCGUCGGGAUGACGGAGCCGCUGGUGGACGCGGAGGAUUUUCCCCGGGGCGACAUCGACAUCUACGAAGUGCGAACCGCCCGGCACAACAUCAUCUCUGCAGAGUGCGUGCUGAGAAAGAACGCAGAGGUGUACCUCGCUUCCGCUCCCUGCGUGCUAAUGGUGUCACCCCCAGGUCUGCAGAACGACCACAAGGCUCUGAUGAAGCAGGUGGAGGAAGCUCUUCACCAGCUGCACGCCCGGGAGAAGGAGAAACGCGCCAGGGAUGAGGCGGAGGCGCUGGCCGAGGCCAGGAGCCAGAGCCAGCCGCAGGCCUUUGCCAGGGUGAACGCGGUGACGCCGGGAUCUCCUGCCAGUAUCUCGGGACUUCAGGUUGAUGACGAAAUUGUGGAGUUUGGUUCUGUAAACAUCAACAACUUCCAGAACCUUCAGAACAUCGCCACAGUGGUGCAGCAUAGCGAAGGGAGACCUCUGAGUGUGACUGUGAUCCGCGGCGGCAGGAAAGUGCACGUGGGGCUGACUCCGAAGCGCUGGGCCGGGAAGGGUCUCCUGGGCUGCAAUAUCAUUCCCUUGCAGAGAUGACCAUUGUGUGGAAAACAAUAAAGCUGAAGUUUGUGCCUGCUUUCUGGACUCUGAUCUGGUUUGAAAACUUCCCUACGUGUUUUUGCUGAAACAAAUGUUUUGGAGGCUGUGGGCUCCGAGUGCCUGACUCGCGGGGUCUGAGCACGUUCUGGUAGAGCGGGGCCUGCCCGCAAUUCGGAAUUGCACGGGCUUGUCAAGGGUGGCUUGCAGAGUUGCAAGAUGUGUCUUCUCAUCUCUUACUCUUAUCAGUUUGGAAUGAGGCUGUAGAGAUACAAACGUCAUUUGAUACAGGCUCUAAAGAGCAUGAAAUGGUCUUGAUGCUCUUGAUGACAACAGAACAUUCCUUUUUCCUUUUAUUUUCUUUUUCCCCUGCAAUUCCUCACUGAACAUCUUGCAAUAAAUGCUAAAAAGUCCCAGAGCACUAUUUUGUGUCUGUAAUAGUGUAGAUCACAGUCAAGAAAUAUGCAAGUUUGAUACUUUAUGUUCCCUGUGUUGCCACAACUUUUGAAAUCACUAAAUGUGAUGAAAGAAUUUUUGAAACACCUGAUUAUUUUAAUUUAAUGACAUAAGGAAUAGGGAUGAUAAUUUUACUUUGCUUUAAUUUUAGUAUUUUAUAUGGUUAUGAUAAAAGUGCUCCUGCCUUGGUGGAUUUUUAUGUUUGAUGUGGUUUUGUUUAUUUCUGGUAGUUGGUUUUGGGGUGUAUCAGCUAUUCAAGGGGAUUUCUGGGAUGACUGGUUUGUUUUAAGCUUGUUUCCUGUUGAACUUCAAAAUAUGCUUCUGAAUCAAUAAAACUGAGUAAGGCCUCUCUCCA